UGAUCCGUAGCCCUGUCAUAUUUUAACGUGAUUAUUUUAUUGCGUUUGUUUUUAAUGAUCGUUAUUGUUAUUGCAUGCAUGCGGCACCGGUGCUUCCUGAUCGCGGUGCUCCGACUUCAGGCGACUUUUAACCGAGCCUCCUGGAUCCGACGCGACGCUUUAGGCCGGCCAGCCUUCCUGUCAUUAUAGGUGCUUAUGUAGAUUUCAGACCUCUUUUGAUAAAACGCUGUUUUAUUUAGGAUCGCACGAAAACACGCGCCGGUGUUAUUGCCGAUUGCUCUCGAAACACUUCGGUGAUCUGGUUGGAGUUCAAGUCCCUUUGUGCACCAUCGGAUAUCUAAUGCGGGAUUAUUAUUAUUACUAUUAUUAUUAUUAUUAUACAGUGGGCUUUAACUGAAACAUUUCUGAUAGUAUUCUGUACUGUAUUAUUACAGUGAUUCAGCCUGGUUUAAAAUCGUUGUAUUCGGUUUAUUUCUCAGGGUUGACUCCUUGCCUGUAGGGAAUGAACGCAGUAGUUCAGGUUGCGAGUUCGAUUCCAGUAACAUGCUUUUAAGCCAGAAGAAAUUUGCCCCCCGUAGUGGUAUCAAUAAAAUGACCACAGGAGACUUACUGUUGCCUCGGGCCCGGCAAAUCGCGGUGAAGGGGUCGUUUGGAAAAGGCAGUUAAAUGUGGUAUGUUCAUGAAUUUUAAGUGUCCAACAAAGGGGGCAUCGGAGCCCAGGGUCAAUUGUAUUUGCUUGCUGACCCCUCUACACUAGAUAUUUAAGAGAUGCUGAAGGAGCCCGUCCUGCUAACCAGCUAACUAGCUACAAUCGUCUGACUCCACUGGCUGGCUGUUUAUGUAUUUUCUGAAACAUCUGGUAGGGGGAGGGGGCACUUCGGCAAAUCUGAUGGGUUGGUAUUCAUUGACCAGUUUAGGCCGCCUUUCAUUGGCCUCCUUUCGGGUUAAAUACCGCCCACCAUGAACUUCAAAGUCUCGGUGUUUCCCGGUCUCUAUUUCUGUUAUCAACCCUUUGAUAUUUAUAUCUAAGUGAGUUUCUUGGCCAUUGAUAUAUUUGGUUAAAUUCCUAUAUUUGUGUAUUAUUAUGUGCAUUUUAUUUGUAUGCUUCCAGCCCGUACAUCUUUAGUGUGUUGUUUCUCAGUAGUGAGAGGGAUUCACUGCAGACUGGCCGUAGCCAUUUCUCAAACACAGAUUGCGAAGGAGAUGGAGAAAUUUCAGAAGAUCUGUUUUUCCUGUCAUGUCAGGCCGGACUUUUGCAGCGUGCGGUUCAGCAGUUUUGACCUUGGUGCCUGUGACUGAAAGGUUGCCGGUUCAAACCCCAUGAUUGGCAGAGUAGCCACAUCUCGCUUGGGCCCUCGAGCGAGGCUCCCUCCCCCACAACAAUCCUCUUGGGUGCUAGAUGAAUGUUUGACCUUGUGCUCCGACCCCAAAUGUAACUCUCAACUCUAUGUGUGUAUAUCUUAUAAAAGAAGAGCAAGAUGGUAUGUGCGAAAAUGAAGACAUAUCAAUGAACCUAUUCUUCUACUUGUACAAAUGGUUUUCCCUAUUGCUACUUGACCUAGAGGAGUAUUAUUUUGAGCAACACACCGCAUACAAUGUGAUCAGUAACAGUACAAACCAGAAAAGGAGAAUAAGAGGAUCACUGAAGAUCUGCUCUAAAUCCAUCAUUUUUGAGCCAGAACCAGCUGCUGAACCAAUUUUAAAGAUACCGCUUAGAGACUGCAAAUUAAUUGAAGGAGUUGAAGAGAAUGACCAAAACCCUUUUAAUGAAAGCAAGCUGGUUGGACUCUCCAUUGUUUGCAAACAGGUGUUUCACAUUAAGGAGAGCAACAUUGUUGCCCCCUACAGGAUUGAGCGGGGGGACCAGAGUUUCUUCUUCCAACUCGAUAUGUCGAGGAAAACAGAGGACGUCAUCCAAAUCUUGCUCCAGCUACACAGAGCAUCUUGCCUCAACAAACUUGGAGACCAGACCGCCAUGAUCGCUGCCAAUCUGCAGUCUCGGCUAGCGCGCACAUCAUUUGAUAAGAACAGCUUCCAGAGUGUCUCCGAAAAACCUCAUAUGGAAUGCGAGGCCGAGAUGGUGACGCCGCUGGUCACCAAUCCAGGACAUGUAUGCAUCACAGACCAGAACCUCUACUUUCAGCCUCUCAACAGCUACCCAGAGCAGGUGGUGAAAAUCAUGCUUCACAGUGUCAGGAGGAUCUACAAGCGACGGCACGGCCUGAGGCCCCUGGGACUUGAAGUGUUCUGCUCUGAAAAUGACCUCUGCUCAGACAUCUACUUGAAGUUUUACAACACCAAGGACAGGGAUGAACUCUACUACUACAUCGCUACCUUCUUGGAGAACCACAUGGUGGAGCAGACGGCUGAGAGCUACAUGCUGCAGUGGCAAAGGGGCCACAUCAGUAACUACCAAUACCUGCUGCACCUGAACAACCUGGCAGACCGCAGCUGCAACGACCUGUCGCAGUACCCCGUGUUCCCCUGGGUCAUCGCCGAUUACACCAGCACUGAGUUAGACUUGAGGAAUCCAGCAAGUUUCCGGGACCUGAGCAAGCCAGUGGGGGCUCUGAACAAAGAGCGACUGGAGCGGCUUCUGGCUCGUUACCGGGACAUGCCGGACCCCAAGUUCAUGUACGGCAGCCACUACUCCUCUCCUGGCUAUGUGCUCUUCUACCUAGUCCGAGUGGCUCCGGAGUACAUGCUGUGCUUACAGAAUGGCCGCUAUGACCACGCCGACCGCAUGUUCAACAGCAUAUCGGAAACGUGGAAAAACUGCUUAGAAGGUGCCACUGACUUCAAGGAGUUAAUCCCAGAAUUCUAUGGGAACGACGUCAGCUUCCUGGAGAACAACCUGAACCUCGAUCUAGGGAAGCGACAGGGAGGGAGGAUGGUGGGGGAUGUGAGCAUGCCCCCCUGGGCCUCAGAUACCAGAGACUUCCUCCAGAAAUGCCAGCAGGCCCUGGAGAGCCAGCAUGUCUCGGAGCACCUGCACGAGUGGAUCGACCUGAUCUUUGGCUACAAGCAGAGGGGGAGCGAGGCUAUAGGCGCCCACAAUGUGUUUCAUCCGUUGACGUAUGAAGGAGGGAUCGACUGUGACAGUAUCGAGGACCCUGAUCAGAAGAUCGCCAUGCUGACGCAGAUACUGGAGUUCGGACAGACCCCCAAGCAGCUGUUCACCACCCCCCACCCCCAAAGGAUCACACCCAGGUUCCAGAGCAUGUCUCGCACCCACAGCCAGAACGCCUCCCUCAGUGAGCUUUCACCAGCGUCCAUCAGUGAGGACUCCUCUUUUGAAGACCUGACAGAAGAGAGCAGGAAGAUGGCGUGGAACCACAUGAGCAAGCUGAAGAUGGUGGGCGACCACAAGAUUCACAAAGAGGCUGUAACGGGCAUCGCAGUAACUCGCGCAGGACUCUCCGUUUUCACGUCAUCUCAAGACUCGACGUUGAAGAUGUUCUCCAAGGACUCCAGCAGCUUACAGAGAAGCAUCUCCUUCUCCAACAUGGCACUGUCAUCCUGCCUCAUCCUCCCAGAAGAUGCGACAGUGGUGUGCUCAUCUUGGGACAACAACGUCUAUUUCUACUCGAUAGCUUAUGGGCGACGGCAGGACACCAUCAUGGGCCAUGACGAUGCUGUGAGCAAGGUGUGCUGGAAGGAGAACCGACUCUACACGGCGUCCUGGGAUUCUACUGUGAAGGUGUGGCGCUGUGUCGCCGCCGAGGUGUCGAGCAGCAGGAGGGGCCCCUUCGAGUUGCUGGCGGAGCUGGAGCACGACGCAGGGGUGAGUGUCUGCAGGAAGGCCUUUGAUAUCCAGGACACCAGCCUGGGGGUGAGACUCGGCUGUGUGCCCAGUGCAUGCUGGGACAUACCUCAUCUGAACAGGCCCUUUUGGAUGGAGUCCCUCGGUGAUCGACUCGGGGUGCAGCCCUGCUCUGUACAAGCUAUGACUCGACGUGAAAUGGUGCAAUCUGUAAACACAAUUAGCCUCAAUCAAGCAGGAACGUUAUUGGCCUCCGGGACGAAGGAGGGCGCCGUCAGCCUGUGGGACACCACAAACUCCACGCUGCUGCAUCAGAUCCAGUGCCACUCUGGAAAGAUCCAUGACAUCGCGUUCAGUCCUGACAGCAGACACGUGCUGAGUGCCGGUGAGGACUGCUCCCUGAAGGUCGUGGACGUGCAGACAGGCAUGCUUCUCUCGUCCGUGGCUGCAGAUGAGCCUCAGAGGUGUUUCUGCUGGGACGGAAACACGGCCCUGUCAGGCGGGGAGACAGGCGACCUUCUCGUGUGGGACAUCAUGGCCGGGAGGGUCACGCACAGGAUCCCCGGACAUUCAGGCCCGGUGACAGCCAUGUGGAUGAAUGAACAAUGUAGCAGCAUCAUCACCGGAGGCGAAGACAAGCAUCUCAUCUUCUGGAAGCCCCAGUAUUGAUGGGUCCCGCUCUGUCGUAUCCCAUCAUCCUUCAGGACUGUGUUUUAAAACGGACAAUUCAGGUGCACCGCUUGAUGAAAUGGGCCGUAUUAAGCCACUGCAGAAGUGUUAAUCCACAGCUUCAAAAAGAAGAAUUUAUAUAAAAUAUGUAACAGAUAGAUACUUGACACAUAAAAGCAUACUUAAUUUUAUUUUCAUUGAUUCCCGAGUAACUUGCACUAAAUUGCGGUGAAUAUGAUGUUAACAGUGUGUUCCUACAGAACGUCUGUUUGUUUUUUCCAUUGUGUUUUGUUCAGUUUUGUGAGUUCUGCCUGGUUUCAUUUGGCUUCGUUUGGUUCUGUCGAGCUUUCCUCUGCUUGAAGUGUGCCUUAAUUUCCAUUAAAAACGAUCCUCAGAGGGUGGGGGGGGCGGGGGGGAGUUACACCUUUUACCAUGAAGGAUAUUAUUCAGAAUAAGUCUGAAUACAAGCCUAUAGAGCUGUAGCAUCCAGUGCAGUAAAACUGCUCCUCUCUUUUUACUGGCAUAAAUGCUUAUUAAAUUAACAGUAUGUAGGUAAAGACAGGAUUAGGAGGCACUGAUAUUUUAUUUUCCACGCUUAACUAGUUUUCUAGACAGAUCUCUACCUACAGGGUUGUUCUUACUAUUUGUUUUUUGUGAAACUUUGUUUCCACCAGAAGUUUAUGGCUUUAAAAUUACAAUGUUACAAUCUUACGGUGUAGACUGUGUAGCGCUGGAUGACGUAACAAUCCUCCUAUGCCACGGUACGCCAUUUGUAAAAUCCCAAUUUCCUGUCACUACGCACGUAAAGAAAAGUUACUGAAUUUAUAGAUGAAUACUUAACUAUCUGUUUGUUUGCAAGAGUGGUAAUAUCAUUCUCACAUUAGCUAAUUGACGUCAAUUUUAGGUGUCCCGGCUUUUAACCCGCUGAGAAUUUAAGUAAACAAAUAAAUGCUGCCAUUGUUUGCUAACUGCAUUGAUGUUUAAUGCUGUUCAACUGUGCCUGUUAAGUAGAUCACAUGCCUUUCAGUAAACACUGAUUGACCAUGAGUGUGUUUCGCCAGCUUCCAUACUCUCAUAUGCAUGCUAAGACUGAGCUGGUGUCUUUGGAAUGAACGUGAAACACCUGAGCAUAGUCCUGGCAGUGCGGUCAGCAGCAAGUUGAGCACUGCAGUUUGACCAUAUAUAUCACUGUCAGCUGAACAAAAAUGAAUUUCCUAUACCUAACUGUAUAACUGUAUAAAACUAGUUCACUAAACAAAAAUAUUGAAUUUUGACUAAACGCUAGAUAAAAUGAAUCAACCCUAAAGCAACAUCAGAUUUUGGAACGGUAAUUGUCUGCGGUAGAUGAAUGAGUCAGAAAUAUUUGUGGAAAGGCUUCAAUGUGUUAAUUUGCUGCAAUAUCACUGUAUAUAAAUAUACUCUCUCCUCUGCUGAGUUUCACUGGCAGUUUCCAGAAGGUGUGGGUUGUGUAUUUUAUAAAUGAUGUAAUAUAAAUUCUAGGGCACUGUGCUGGAGUCUUCAUGCUUAUUCAAACAGUGCCCCAUAUACAUACUUAAUAAAAGUUGGAUGACUGGGAAUUAAACAGAAACGCAGGUAUUUGUCUUUUGCUGUCUGAUGUCAUUACGUAUGAGGAUACUGGCUAACUUGAUCCACCAUGAGAGUGGAGGAUAACAGUCAAAUGAAACUUUAUUUGUGUUUUCCACAAGAUCAUAGACAUUUAUUCAGUUUUUUUUUUCAUAUCCCAUCAUGCUCUUCAGCUGCUUUCAGGCAUACGCAUAUAUCCUGGUGAUCCAGUGCUACUGGAGUACUGUUCUUUUCAGGGAUGGCGGGGUCCAAUGGAGAUGUGACCAGCAACCUUCUCAUUAUAUGUAGAGAGGUUGCUAGGCACCACAAAGUAAGGCUUGUGGAAGUUGCAGGUGUCCCCGAUUAACCAGAACUACAUGCUUAUAUACCCUGUUUUGUCCUAAAGGACAAAAGAAUUUCCCUCGGGAUAAAUAAAGUUUUUCUUAUCUUAUCUUA